AUGAUAUACUUGCAAUAUACACAUAGGUAUAAAAAGUGCAUUCUUCCACUGUCCCACGAAAAAAGCAAAAGAAAGAUGUGCUCUUAUUCUAAAGGAAAAGAAAUCCCAUGGGGCUAUCAAAUACGUAUGCAUUUAUAUAACCAUGAGUAUAUCUUUAUUGGGGGUGCCAGCUUUUUUGCAUAUGCAUGUAUCACCACAUUAGCUCACUAUAAAAAUACCUUGAAGAGCAAUUUAAUUGUUCUUUCUAUGGGGACUCUUUUAUUUCUCUUUCAGAUAAUUUUUCACAAUAAAACGGCAAACAUUAGUGUAGAGACCGUCAGGAAGUCUCUGAGAAGCACUGCAGAGCUUAUGUGUGCUGGAUCUUGCAUAUCCUGCGGGGUGUCAUAUGUCAGAGGAAUCAAUAGCAUAUCCGAAAUAGUUAAAUAUUUAGAAUUUGAGGAGGCGCUUGUGUACUUGGGGCUGAUUCUGAAUAGCAUAGGAUAUACCAACAUGCGAGUGUACAUGCGGAUUCUUUUUGUAGGCACUGCGCUAUACGCACUAAAGAUUGCUUUAUACUUAUGGUGCACAGAUUAA